AUGAUUCAAUUUAAUUGUAAUGGUUCACUUUCAACAACUAAAAAAUGGACAAUCAAAAAUUGUACAUCGAUAUGUUCAUUUCGAAUUCAAUUGAAUGCUAAAAUCAGUACAACAUUAAAUGAACUUUAUAUUCCAUCAAGAACAUUGGAUUAUGGAAUUUAUGAAUUAACAUUAACUGUCACAAUGAUUGAGUCACUUAAUCUUAAAUCUUCAUCUUCAGCUUAUGUAAGAAUAACUGCAACAGGUAUAACAGCAAAUCUUGUUCAAUUAGGAACAUCAAUGAUAACACGUGGUAGUCAACAAGAUCUUCAACUUGAUCCUGGAGCAUAUUCUAUUGAUCCUGAUCAACAUUCAUUUGAUGCGAGUAAAUGGAAAUAUGAAUAUUAUUGUCGAAUUUAUGGUUUAUACAAUUUCCCAAAUUUUCAAGGUAUAUUAUUACCAAUUGAAAAUUCCAAAACUGAUCCUUACAAUCCAUCAUGCUUAUCAAAUCAAUCAGGAUUAAUAUUCGGAAAUUUAACUGCAUCACCUAAUUCAUCCCUAACAGUUCUCGGUGGUUCGCUUCAAUCAAAUCAAAUCUAUCAAUUUAUGGUUUAUAUGGAAAAUCGUAAAAAUUCAUCUAUUCAAGCUACAGGAUAUGUACUUGUUACAGUUGACGAUACUCAUCCACAACUAGUUGUUAUUGGUUGUGUUAUAUCAAUAUUAUGUGUUCCAAAUCUUGAAUAUCAAUUUGUUAAUCCAACAACACAAGUUGCUCUAUUUGCUAUUUGUGUUGGAAAUUGUAUCAAUCUUCAAAAUAUAAAAUGGAAUAUUUAUCAAGGUUCUGAUAAUUCAUCUUCAAACUAUACACAAUGGACUUUAUUUAAUAAUACGGUUUUAUAUGAAAAUAUUUGGUUUUUCGGUAAAAAUACAAGUAAUUUUACAGCUACAAAUCAAUUAUUUCUUAAUAAUCCUCAGGUAAAUCUUUGGCGAUUUGAAGUUGUUUAUACAUUUUUAAAUGAAACAAGUACAAGUGCAUUAAAUUUUAUUAUUAAUCAACCUCCUUAUAAUGGUUCAUGUUCAAUUAAUCCGAUGAAUGGUACAACAACUACUUUAUUCACUAUUUUAUGUCCUGGUUGGUAUGAUGAAGAUGGAAUUAAAGAUUAUUCAUUAUAUGCAUGGACGACAGAUGUAUCGCAAAAAUUAAUGAUUGCAUACUCAUCAGUAUCUUAUUUUCAAGUUCGAUUACCAAGUGGAGACAAUCAAACAUCAUUACUCAAUAUUGUUAUUUCUAUUCGUGAUCUACUUGAUUGUGUUGUAGAAGUAAACAUGUCUUCUGUACAUGUUAUCGUAGAUUCUGCAGGAAUAAACGAUUUAAUGGCAAGUCUACAAAGUUCACCAAAUGCAUUAACAAAUAAUCCAAUUGUUCAAUUACUUUCAAGUGGAAAUCAAAAUACUGUUGGACAAAUUCUUACUGCAAUUUCUCAACAAUUUAAUCAACUGAAUAGUGAAAAUAUAGAUCAAGCUAUUUCAAGUGGAAUACCAGCUGCAACUAUUUUAGUAUCAUCGUUAGGAAGUUCAAGUUUACAAGGAAAUUCAACAUCUUUCAAUGAAUCAGCUUUGAUUGAAUAUAAUAAGAUAUUAAAUACUCAAGCAAAUCUUCGAGAUUAUUUAAUGACAUUUACAACUGAUCUUCUUAUUACAACAUCAAAUAGUAUCAAAUUACAAUCAUCAUCAUUAGCACAAAUAACUCAAUCAACAAAUCAAUUAACAAGAGCUGCUCUAUCAAUUGCAUCAAGUAGAUGUUAUCAAUUAUCUCUUGCUUUAUCUUCAAUGGCAACACAAAUUCCAUAUGAAGAUGCACAGAUAGCAGCAAAUCAACUAAUACAAUGUGCUUCAAAUGUCUUAACCGCUGUAAAUGGACCAUUACAAGAACGAACAAGUACACUUGACUUAGAUUAUUCUCGUGCAAAUGCGGUACCUACUGAUUAUGAUACUGAUCUUGAAUCUCCAUGGUCAAAUACAAAUUUAUUUGGUGGUGGUGAUGAAGCAUCUGUUGAACAAAAUCGAAAUAUAUAUUAUCAAAAACAAUUAGCAAAUGAAAUUAAUGCACAAGUAACAUCAAUUAUUUCAUUAAUAACAUCUUCAUUAAAUAUUCAUUUAAAUAUUGGUCAAAAUUCAAUAAUAAAUACAUCUCAAACUUAUAUGUCAUUAGAAACAAUAUCAACUCAAUCACUUUCAGAUAGAAUUGUAAAACAAAUUGGAAAUGCUCAAUUUCAUAUUCCAUCAGAUCUUAAUUUGAUUACAAAUGAUAACUCUUCGAUUUCACUUCGAUCAAAAAUGGAUGUACUUGCCUCAUUUGGAAGUUUUUCAAAUACAAAUCUUUCAAGAUCAGUUUCACUUUCAAUUAUUGAUCAAAAUGGAAAUGAAAUUUCGUUUAAAGCCAAUGAAAAUAAUUCAAUAAAACUAAUAAUUCCUCGUGAUCCAAAUCUAGUAAUUCCAUCAAUUUCACUUCCUAUUUCAGUUCAUUUUGAAAUUCAUUCUUUAAAUACAAAUUUAGCCUAUUUAUUUAUUUAUAAAUUUGAUCAAACACCACUAUUAAAUAGUUCAAUUAAUAUUAUUGAUGGAUGGACAAUGUUUUGUCCUAUCAAUUUAUCCGAUGAUGAUAUAUAUCGAUAUUUUAUUGAUAAUAAACAAACACCUGGUCAUCAAUCAUUAGUAUUUGGAAUGAGAGAAUUAAAUUCAACAGAAAUGAAUAAUUAUUGUUUAAAUAAUUCUUCAGUAAAUACGUCUUUACCAAUCACCGAUCAACCAUUUAAUUUUACAUCAAAUUAUGAACUUCGUAUAUAUACAUCAGGUUGUUAUUAUCUUGAUGAAAAUAAUAAUUGGAAAUCAGAUGGAUUAAUUGUUGGAUCAUUGACAAAUCAUUAUGAAACUGAAUGUCUUUCAACUCAUUUGACAACAUUUGCUGGUGGUUUUAUUGUUUUACCAGAACCAAUUAAUUGGAGUUAUGUUUUUGCCAAUGCUGAUUUUCUGAAAAAUAAAACAAUUUAUUUAACAGUUAUUUGUAUGUCUAUUGCUUAUAUUAUUUUGAUGAUUUUUGGACGUUUUAAAGAUAAAAAAGAUAUUGAAAAAUUAGGAGUAACACCAUUACCUGAUAAUGGUAAAUCUGAUCAAUAUUAUUAUCAAAUUAUUGUUUUUACUGGUCAACGAGCAAAUUCUGGAACACAAUCAAAAGUUCAUUUUAUUCUAUCGAGUGAUAAUGAUGAAACACGUGUUCGAACAUUUUCAGAUUCUCAUCGAAAAAUAUUUCAACGUGGUGGAAUUGAUUCAUUUAUUAUGAGUGUUCCAAAAUCAUUAGGAUUAUUGAACUAUAUUCGUAUUUGGCAUGAUAAUUCAGGAGAAGGUUCAUCAGCAUCAUGGUUUUUAAAAUAUAUUAUUGUUCGAGAUUUACAAACAAUGGAAAAAUUUUAUUUUAUUGCUCAACGUUGGUUUUCAGUUGAACAAGGAGAUGGACUUAUUGAACGAAUUUUACCCAUUGCUGGUGAAAUGGAAAAACAAAAUUUUUCUUAUGUAUUAUCGAAAAAAGCUUAUUUUAGUGUCUCCGAUGGUCAUUUAUGGUUUUCAAUUUUCUCUCGACCGCCAUCAAAUAAGUUUACACGUGUACAACGUUGUACUUGUUGUUUUGUUUUAUUAUCUGCUUCAAUGUUACUUAAUAUAAUGUAUUAUGAUUUAUCUGCUGAAGCAAAAUCGUCAAAUAAUACAGAAAGUAAUAGUCUAUCGAUUGGUCCUCUUUAUAUCGCACCAGAACAAAUUGGAAUUGGUAUAAUGGUUGAAUUAUUAUCGUUAGUUCCAAGUAUUUUCAUAGUUCAAUUCUUUCGACGUAUUCGACCUCGUCAACAAAUUUCACCAUUACGUCAAGCAUUGGAGAAAAUAAGACCAUUACCACAGACUAAUGUAAAAGAUAAAACUAUAAUUAAAAAUAAAAAAAAACAAUUCACAUUUCCUUGGUGGUGUUUAUUUAUUGCUUAUACACUUUCUUUUAUGAUAAUUGCUGUUUCAAUGUUUUUUAUUAUCGUUAAAGGAAUUAUAUUUGGUGAUUUAAAAACUCAAAAAUGGUUAACAUCUGUUCUUACUGGCUUUUUUUCAUCAAUUAUUCUUACUCAACCAAUUAAAAUUUUAGGUUUAGCAGUAUUUUUUACUCUAUUUUGUCGAAAUCCAAAUGAUGAUAAAGAAGCAAAGGAAUAUAUAGAUGAGACUAAUUUUGAAUUAGAUGGUGACGAAGAUUAUCUUCAUUCGACUGAUUUUUCAUUGAUUUCACAUACUUCAAAACGUAUUAAUCGUCUAAAUGAAAAUGAGGUAGCUUUUCUUCGUGAACAACGUUUAAAAGAAAUUCAAAUGUGGUCAAUUAUUCGAGAAUUUAUAAUUUAUGCUAUAUUUUUAAUAUUACUUUGUAUAAUCAGUUUUUCAAAUCGUACACAAAAUAGUUUUUAUCAAACUGAUCAUUUACAAAAAUACUUUUUAAAUACAAGACAAACAGAUUGUGAUUACACACAAAUUUUAACAAUUGAUGAUUACUGGAAUUGGUUAAAUAAUAGUUUUGUUGAGAAUCUUCGUGCUCAACAAUGGUAUAAUGAUGAUCAACCGAUAAAUUUAAAUGGAUACAUAAAUGAUAAAACAAAUCGAAUGAUUGGUUGGGCAACAAUGAGACAAUUACGUAGUAAAUCACAAUUAUGUUCUGAUCAACGUAUAAUAUCAACAUGUAUUAAUGAUUAUAGUUUAUUUAAUGAAGAAAAAGAUUCAUUUCAACCAGGGUGGAUACUGAAUCAAACAUCAAUAGAAGAAGAAGAUUAUAGUUCAUCAAUUCUAAAAGCAUUUCAAUAUCAAUCAAGUAAAGAAUUAGAUACAUAUGUUUAUGUAGGUGAUCAUGGAACAUAUGGUGGAGAUGGUUAUGUAUAUGAAUUUCGUGGUCGUUUAUCUGAUAUUAAAAGUAAUUUAUCUUUACUUCAUCAAUUACAAUGGAUCGAUGCUAACACAAGAGCUGUUAUUAUUCAAUUAACUUUAUAUAAUCCAAAUGUUGCAUUAUUUACUUCAGUUACUUUUCUUCUCGAAUUUUUAUCUGCAAGUGGAGUUUAUCCGUCAGCUCGUUUUGAACCACUUAAUUUCUAUGUAUUUACAUCAUUAACACAAUUGAUUUGUACAAUUAUUUAUAUAUGUUUUAUUAUUUAUUUUCUAAUUAUCGAAACUAAAUUAUUAAUUAAAUUAAAAUUAAAAUAUUUUUACGAAUUUUGGUCAAUAAUUCAAAUUGGUAUAAUAAGUUGUUCAAUAACAAGUAUUAUUAUUUAUAUUUGGCGUUUUAAAGAAUAUAAUCGUUUAAAUUCACUUUUUCAACACACAAAUGGAUAUACUUAUGUUAAUUUACAAAUGAUAGUUUAUGUUGAUGAUGUAUUAACAUCUCUUCUUGGUUUUUGUUGUUUUUUUGGAACAAUUACAUUUAUUAAAUUUAUUCGGUUUAAUAAAUCAUUAAGAAUAUUUGUUCAAACACUUAAAUAUGUUACAAAAGAACUUAUUUCAUUUUCAUUUAUGUUUUCAAUUGUAUUUAUGGCUUUUCUUUCAUUAUUUUAUUUAUUAUUUACUUCAAGUAUCGAAUCAUGUUCUAGUUUAUUAGCAACAGCUCAAAUGUUAUUUGAAAUAACAUUAAUGAGUUUUGAUGCAACUGAUUUUACUGGAGCUGAUCCAUUUCUUGGUCCAUUUUGUUUUUCAAUUUUUAUUAUUAUUGUUGUUUUUAUAUGUUUAAGUAUGUUUAUUUCAAUACUUAAUGAUGGUUUUCAUCAUGUUGAAGAAACUCCAAUUGAAGAUCAACAAAUUUUAUCAUAUAUGUUAAAGAAAUUUUUAAAUUGGACACAUUUAAGAAGACCAAAUGUUGAAGAAAUUUAUGAAAUACAAGACUCUCGAAUGCAUUCUCAAUAUGUUGAUCCAAUUGAAAAUUUUCCUGAUAAAAUCGAUCAAUUAUUAGAAGCAAUCGAUCGAAUUUAUAUCGAUCAAAAAAAAGAAUUAUUAAGAUUAAAAAGAGCUGGUGUUUAA